CUACGCAGUUGUGUUCAAACUCUCAAAUCCAUCUGCAAUUUUAUUUUAUUUUAUUUUAUUUUUUUGGAUCGCCCAAGUUUUAGGUUCUUUGGAUGUUUUCUUGCUGCUAUGUAAUAAAUAGGUUUUAAGGAUUAGGGUGUUGGGUUUAAUUUGCGAAGGGAUGUUCACCAAUGAUCGGCGCCAAGCCGAGCGCACCGGAAGAUACGGCACUCCUAGGGCCAAAUACCUCCAGGAUCUUGUGUCGGAAUUCCAGCAGACAACAAAUGAAGAAUCGAAAGAGAAAAUUGCUGCCCACUUGGCCAACUUUGCGUAUGAUCCUUACAAUUAUGAAUUUAUGCGCCAGCUCAAUGUCUUGGAGCUAUUUCUGGACUGCAUAACAGAGCCGAAUGAAAAGCUUGUUGAAUUUGGUGUGGGUGGAAUAUGCAACUCUUGUGCCGACUCAAAGAAUGCUGGGGUUAUAAUUCAGUGCGGCGGAAUUCCAUUGAUUAUACAAUGCUUAUCUAGCCCGGUUAGAAACACUGUUUAUUAUGCUCUUGGAGCUCUUUACUAUCUGUGCAAUCCUUCUUCAAGGAGAGAUAUACUGAAACCGGAAGUCAUCAGCCUAAUCAGUCAAUAUGCUGCGGCUGAAGCUGUUAAUGUGAGCUUCAGCAAUUUGGCCAAAGCAUUUUUGGACAAGCAUGUGGGUGAAGCUAAUUGAUCUGAAGAAGGGUGAGCUCUGCAACCGAUAUCUUUGACUGCAACAACCUCUCUUGUAAAUGAGCAAAAAGCAAAAUAAACCAGCGCGAAUGCUUUUUAAAAGCUAGGAAGAAGGGCAUUCCCCCCGAAAGUCAUUUUAUGAAACUCCAUCAAUGGAAGUGCUCUUGCUAAAGUAUCGUGAAGGACUUAAAAAAUUGUUGUUUUAACUAUAGGUAUAAGCAAAGCCAUCAUUACUAUGACCAAAAAUGCAUCUUGCCAUUGGAACUCUGAAUUCUUUGUGAUUUAGGUGAGGAAAAUAGCGUCUUAAGUUUAUUUAAUGUCGUCAGUUCCAUAUCAACUCAAAUCUGUUUUGUCUUUGUUCUGUGAGGUUGGGUCCUUCCAUCAGCUUGAGAAUUAUACUAUUUGAACACUUUUCUUUUCCUCAUCAAUAGAGUUCUUUUAUUCAGUUUCUUUU